AUGGCUGAGAGAAAAUUUGAGCUUAGAGGGUGGGAGUUCAAUGAUAUUAAUGCUGAUGCUUCUGCUGAUACAAAUGUGCUCGGUUUAAUAUGGAAUAAAAAAUCUGACACUCUAAGAAUAAAUACUGCUCAUAGAUUGUUUGAUCCUCUUGGUAUAUGUUGUCCUGUUAUCCUUAUCCCUAAGUUAUUACUUCAAGAAACUUGGAAGCAGAAGAUAACAUGGGAUGAAGAAGUUGAUACCUGUACGAGAACUACAUUUUUAAAAUGGUUGAAAGAUAUUGACUAUCUGGAAAAGAUCCAUUUUCCAAGAUAUUUUGGUUCAAGGAGUACGAGUGAAAAUACUUCAGUACAUAUUUUCUGUGAUGCCAGUAAGCAUGCUUAUGCCGUGGCUGCUUUCAUUCGUAUAAAAACUUUUGAUUCUACUAAAGUACAACUGAUACAAGCCAGGAGUAGAGUUACACCAACUGGAAAAGAAGAAACUACUAUCGCGAGAUUGGAAUUACUUGCAGCUACUAUAGCGUCUCGCCUUUCGUCCUCAAUUUUGUCUGAGAUACAGAGUGAAGAAGUUUACUUCUGGACUGAUUCUUCUACUGUUUUAGCAUGGAUAACGAGAGAAGAAGCCUGGAGUGUAUUUGUCCAGAAUAGGGUGAAGGAAAUAAGAAGACUAACAAAUAAAGAUUCUUGGAGACAUAUUCCUGGUUGCAUGAAUCCAGCUGAUCUUCCGAGUAGAGGUUGUUCAGCUCUCUCCUUAUUGAAAUCUCAGUGGUGGUUAGGUCCAAGUUGGCUUUACUUGCCUGAAGAAGAUUGGCCUAAAGGUGACUUAAAUUUAGAUGAGACUGAGAUUGUUAGAGAAAAGAAAAAGAGCAUAGUUUUCUUCUGUAACUAA